GGCACAGUCGUCCAGUGGGGUAAAGGUCUGCUGCGGACAAAACAACACUGAGCCUCCCUGAAGUCCAGCCGGCUGCAAGACCCAAGAUACUGCCGCUGUGUGUGUGUGUGCGUGUGUGUGUGUGUGUGUGGAUGCAUUAAUCUAACGGGUCCCGGAGAAGAAAGAAGAAAUGGCAAAUCAUUUGUCAGAGUCUCUGCCCGAGCGGACCUUCCAGUACCAAAGCAGCCUGCCAGCCCUGCCUGUCCCGACACUAGAAAUGAGCCUUUCCAAGUACUUGGAUUCAGUUCGCCCUUUUGCAUCUGAUGAAGAGUUCAAGGCUACAUUUGACAUGGUGAAGAAGUUUGAACAGGGUGUUGGCAAAGAUCUGCACCAGAAACUACAGCAGAGAGCGAAGACAAAGAGAAACUGGCUGGAAGAAUGGUGGUUAGACACUGCGUAUCUGGAGAUCCGUACCCCCUCUCAGCUGAAUGUAAACUUCGGAGGCCCGGCGCCCUACCUGGAGCACUGCUGGCCUCCUGCAGAGGGAACUUCUCUUCAUAGGGCCAGUAUUAUCACAUGGCAUUCACUAGAGUACUGGAACAUGAUCCGCACGGAGAGGCUGCCUCCGCAGAAAGCUGGAAAAACAGCAUUAGAUAUGGACCAGUUCAGAAUGUUGUUCUGCACCUGCAAAGUACCCGGAGUAAAGAAGGACACCAUUCGUAACUACUUCAAAACAGAGAGUGAGGGUCCAUGCCCUUCCCAUUUGGUAGUGCUUUGUCGUGGACGUGUCUUCACUUUUGACGCACUCUGUGAUGGACAAAUCCUCACUCCUCCAGAAAUACUCAGGCAGCUGAGCUACGUGAAAGAGCGCUGUGAGAGAGAGCCAGAGGGAGACGGAGUGAGUGCUCUCACCUCGGAGGAGAGGACUCGCUGGGCGAAGGCCAGAGAGCAUCUAAUAAGCAUUGAUCCGCACAAUAAGACCAUCCUGGAGACCAUCCAGAGCAGUCUGUUCAUCAUAUCUCUGGAUGAAACCAAACCCUACUCCUCUCCAGAGAACUACACCAAUAUGACCCUGGAAGCACUUACAGGCAACCCAACCAUACGCUGGGGAGACAAGUCGUACAAUUCAAUCGUGUUCGCAGACGGCACGUUUGGAUCCACUUGUGAUCAUGCGCCAUAUGAUGCAAUGGUACUGGUGUCCUUUUGUUGGUAUUUGGACCAGCAAGUUAAAGCUACAGAAGGCAAAUGGAAGGGCUCAGAUGUGGUCAGACCCAUACCCCCUCCUGAGGAGCAGGUGUUUACUGUGGACGAAAAGAUCCAGAGCGACAUCGGCCACGCCAAGCAGCAAUACCUGGAGUCGACUCAGGACCUGCAGGUGGUGUGUCACGCCUUCACAGCGUUUGGAAAAGCGGCCAUCAAAGAGAGGAAGCUGCAUCCAGACACCUUUGUACAACUAGCCAUGCAGCUGGCCUACUACAGACUGCACAAGAAGCCGGGAAGUUGUUAUGAGACAGCAAUGACGCGCAAGUUCUACCACGGCAGGACGGAGACGAUGCGACCGUGCACGAAGGAGGCUGCGGACUGGUGUGCAGUCAUGACGGACCCCGCGUCCAAUGGUGAUGUCAAGAGGAAAGCCAUGCUGCUGGCCUUCAAUAAACACAACAAACUGAUGGCUGAGGCCCAGGAAGGAAAAGGUUUUGACAGGCAUCUUCUUGGGCUGUAUCUCAUUGCCAGAGAGGAGGGACUUCCCACUCCAGAACUCUUCAUGGACCCCCUCUAUGCAAGGAGCGGUGGCGGUGGUAACUUCGUGCUGUCAUCCAGUCUGGUGGGCUACACCACAGUUCUGGGGGCCGUGGCUCCCAUGGUGCACCAUGGUUAUGGCUUUUUCUACCGCAUCAGAGACGACAGGAUUGUUGUUUCCGUCUCAGCGUGGAAGUCUUGCCGUCAGACAGAUGCUGCGUCACUGUACAACAUCUUCUGUAGCUCCCUGCACGAGAUGCUCCACCUGGCCACCACCUCUCAGCUCUAAGUGCUCCGCCGAAGAGACCGUGUUGCUAAACACAGGCUGAUGCACGUUUACUUUUUAUCCCUCAGCACGUUUCAACAUUAACACGCGCACAUUUUACAAACCCUCAGUUACCAGCCGACAGCUAGUGAUAGUAAUGUUUUCAGCACAGAUCAAUGCAAAUAUAGAGAAUCAGUGCCAGUAAGUGAUGACCACUGGUUUUGGCAUUUAAAAAAAGUAACUCUUCUGUUUCUUGUUGUGCUAAACACACAUUAGUUGAUACUCUAGGUGUAAAUAUUUGUCCUGAUUAUCAUGAUUGUAGUAUAUGUUUUAUUGAGAAUGUUUAAUUUUAUUUCCAUCAGUAUUAAUCCACAUGCGAGCCAAAAUUAUGCCACGGCUCCACGCUUUUCUUUAUGUUUGUCAGAAUAAGUAGAGACUGUUUGAAGGUGGAUAAAUUGCAGAACAUAACUUCUGGUUGUUUUGACUGUUUGCUUUAGAUUUUUCUUUUACAAUAAAAGGUAUUCCAUUUAAAUCCAUGAAAACAACUUUGAUGUAAGUUAAACAAAAUUGAUUUGUCUUGUUUCAUGUUCUGAUUUUGUCCUCCAAACAAAAUCUACAGGAAUGUAAAAAUCAGUCAACUUAUUGAAGUUGGACAGAAAUUAAGAUUGAUUUUCCUCUAAGUUUAAUAAGCUGAUGAUAUAUUCUUGGUUUUUACUUGUGGCUUACACGGUCAAUAAUCACCAUAGAGAAUAAGUGUCAUUUUUGUUUAUUAUUCCACAAACACGUGCAGUUAAAGGAUAGUUCACAAUUUGUUAUUGUGACGAAGAAGCACUACAUUUUGUCCCCCAUCACUUACAUUAAGAAGGCGUCUCUGAUCUUGAAGAAAUGCGUUGCGCAAAACAUUUUUCAGUGUCUAAACGGGCGCAGAUAUUGUUCUAGGAUGGACUUGAAAAUUGGCAAAUCCUUCCUUUAAUCAGCUGAGGACCAACACAGUUAGCCAAUGCUGUUUGCCCCCAGUGCUCCCUCUGUUCCUCUGUGACUCUUUAGGUUAGUUAACUAGAAUAACAGGGUCAAAUUUUUAAUUUGAAUUUUUAAUUAUUAGUCAUCAUCAUUUCUAGACCUGUGAAAGAUUUUUUUGACAAGAGCUGCUGUAUCAUGAUUGUUUAUAUUUCUAUGCUCAAAAAUGUGAGAAUAAUUGAAAUGUCUGCCUUUUGAAGAUUAAAGCCUGCCUUCCAGUCUACUGAAGUACUGCACAUUGUGUUGUUAUACUUCAGUGCAUCAGUGAAACUUGUUUUGGUGAUUGUUUCAACAUCCUUGAACCAAAUCCUUACUAACAUGGUCACUGCACUUUAUGGGCUCUACACACUAUGCAGCUUUCCUUUAUUGUUUUGAUGUCUCUCCAGUUAAAGAUGAAUGACUGUUCAUGGCUUCGCACUGCUGUAAAACCUCACAAAUCAUCACGAACCUUAAAAACUGUGGUUUCUUUCUCUGCAUUUAAAGCCUUAAACUAACCUGUAAUCUGUCUGUGAAUGUUGACUGAACUUUGAGAAAUGUAAGAUUGUUCUUCCUUCAAAUAUUACACUGAAAAAUAGCUCAAUAUUUUUAAAUCUGAAUAUGAACAUUGAAAGAAAAUGUAUGUAAUUUUGGAAAUGUAGUCAAGUUGAAAUAAACUUUUAAGAGAUU